AAAAAACAGGGGGGGACUAAUUUAUUUCUUAUUGUGGAAUAAAUUAGAUCUUGUUUUAGGAUUACGAAAUUGACAUUCCGCCUCGGAUCAUAAUCUAAAUAGAUCUAAAUCCAACCACAAUAUCAGGGAAUCCGAAAAGCAAUACACAAUGCAUUACCCUGCCCAUGCCUAAAGAUUUUGUUUCCCCGCUCCAGCUGUUUUUAAAAGUGAUCUUGUGAACUUAUAAAUUCCAGAUGCCAUAGCCUAGGCCUUUGCUGAGAACGAAGUGCAGAAUGAUUAUAUUACUAUUCCGCAACUCUCGCCAGAGAUGUAAACGACCGACUGCUAAAAGAUUAGUGUUCAAGGGUUAAGGGGUUUACAAAUUAUCGGAAGCCUUGUUGAAACCAGUGCAGACUUCCGAUAUCAACAAUGGAACCAGCGCUGGCGGAUUUAGUUGUUAUAACAACAUGUGACGUCAUGAAUUGAUCACGUGUCAGCAUUGACCGUAUUACAAAGAAGUGCUCGGCUCUCGCCUUUCGAGCUGCUUCUAAUCAGUACGCUGUGGUACAAGGCAAAUAUUUUUCUUCAAAGUCUUAUCACAACCUAACAUUUGGUAACAGCAACAUUUAUUUCAUUAGUGCACUAGUGUUUGAACUCUUCUAUUCUUUGACUUUUCACGGAGAAGGAGUUUUGCUGGGAACUAUAUUCUGCCGCGGAAGCACUUUUGUUUAUCGCACCUGCUCUUUUCAAGUUUGUGUGAAAAACUAUGGAGGAAUCCAUGUGGAUCCGGAAAUAACGGUACAUUUUUGUGCUCGAUUUACCCCCGUGUGUUGUUGUGUGGUGCCUCUUGUGUGUGUAAAGGGAUGUCACAAGAGCCCGUCUACAGUUUCGUCUCGCUAUGGGUUGUAUGAGCACCAAACUGGUGCCAGAAGCCCCACCGAACGCACACCUGGUUGAAACAGUUUACAGACAAGAUGCAAAAACCAGGAAUAACCGACAUGCCGAUAUCAAACCACAGACUCAUCUCAGGCCGCGAGAUUCAACGUGUCGUCCUCCAAACGCAGGUCCUGAUGGUCAGAAUCAGGGCCAGCAAGGACCGAGGACGAAUAAAAAAGUGAAAAAGUACCGUGAUAAAUUCGAUCCACGAGUUACUGCAAAAUAUGAUAUCAAAGCCCUAAUAGGGCGAGGGAGCUUCAGUCGAGUGGUGAGAGUGGAGCACAGAGUGACUAAACAACCGUAUGCUAUCAAAAUGAUUGAUAGGAUUCAAGGGAAAGAAGUUUAUGAAGCAGAACUGAAUGUUCUGCGACGAGUGAAGCAUAUUUACAUAAUUCAGUUAGUCGAAGUUUUCGAAGCUCCAGAAAAAGUUUACAUGGUAAUGGAACUAGCCACGGGGGGCGAGCUUUUCGAUCGCAUCAUCGCUAAAGGUAGCUUUACAGAGCGAGAUGCUACACGAGUACUUACGAUGGUGCUGGACGGUGUGAAAUACUUGCACGAGCUUGGCAUCACGCACCGAGACCUUAAACCAGAGAACUUACUCUACUAUCACCCGGGUCAUGAUUCCAAAAUUAUGAUCACGGAUUUCGGCUUGAGCGCAAUGCUCAAGGGCCCAGACAAUUAUAUGAGGACCACUUGCGGAACACCGGAGUAUAUCGCCCCGGAAAUUCUUGCACGGAAACCAUAUACUUGCCAAGUGGACUUGUGGGCAAUAGGUGUGAUAACAUACAUUCUUCUCAGUGGUACUAUGCCUUUUGAUGACGAAAAUAGGACACGAUUGUACAGAAUGAUAAUCAAGGCAAAAUACAGCUAUGCUGGCGAGCACUGGAAAGAUGUGUCCGGUCUGGCCAAGGACUUCAUUGACAAAACCCUGGUGCUUGACCCCAACGAUCGUCUGACAGCCAGCCAGGCUUGUAAACACCCGUGGCUCCUACAGAGCACCACCGCCACCUCCAACAAGAACCUUCACCGCAACAUCUCCCAGAACAUCAUCCAGCGCCAGUCUCAGAGAGACAACAGCACCAAGUCGGCCAAAUCCACCAAGUCAACCAAGAGCAACAAGUCCAACCGCUCAGGGCACUCACUGCGCUCAGACAGGCGGCGGGUACAGCCCGAGGAGAUAGACGAAUUGCACAAAGACCCAGAAGUACAGGCUGACUUGGCCUCACUGGGCAGUCACCACAGCAACUAUGCAUAGCAUCUACCCCAUGCCCACCCCUUCCACAUCCCACAAUCCCUAAACCAAAUUGUCCCCCCCACCAAUCCACCCCACCCUCCCAGUGUAAAUUUGGUCACAUUAUUUACCGAUUUUAUUCAAGAGACUAGUGCACAUCGACUUGUUUUUAAAAUUCCUUCUUUCAAAAUACAAUGUAUAUUUUUAGUGAAGCGAGAAGUUGAAUCUGCUCCAAAUAAUUUGAUUUUAAAUUCUCUUUGGGGUUCAUGAAGUAAAGACAUGCGUUUGAUGUGUGUUUCUAUGUCCUGGCUCCAUCCAGUUUGCCUAAGGAGGUAAAUCUGCAAGGAAUGCAGUCGUCCAUACUUUUAAAAAUUUAGCAAAAAAAUAUUAGAUAGUGUGCAUUAAAAUGGAGGUAGCUAUAGAUAUGUCGGACAGAAAUUUGUCAAAUUACCAAGACUUGUUCAGGAUUACCUCUUGAUAUUGCUUCUUUACAGGCUUGUGAGUUUCUGAUGCAGGUAUUUUGAAUUCUAUAAUAUAUUUAUAUGUAAUAUAUAUACACGAUAUAUUAUAUAUAUAAUAUAUUAUAAUGACAGUACAUUUUGUAGAUAACUUUGAUAUACGGCGUCCAGACCAGGUGGUCAAAUGUUUUCUUUUACCAAAGUGAGUGCUCUGGCUGUAUGUGUUGGUAGUGUACAAACACACAAGGUCAGUGGGAGGGUGUUGAAGCUGUGUACAGCUAUGUCAAGGAAACAGCUCUUUUUCUCGUGGUGAUUGCUACAAUGGCAAAUGCUUGAUUCAUUCCCAAAUUGGAAUCACAUGUUAGAUUAUGAUGUUGACUGCAAAGUGAGGCAGAGAAGUCUGUGUUUGCACUAGUGUUGGACAAUAUUCUCCCUUCACUCACUCUCAUCUCAUGAGCUGUGCCUGGUUUUGUAGCCAUAGUCACAAUCUUUUGUCAGUUACAGUGCUUGGAAACUACUGCAGAUUUUGUGUAGAUUUGUUGUAAGAUAUUGUUGAAAAGCAAUUGAUAAUUUAUAUCUGUAAACUGUUUCUGUAUCUUCUGAUUGAGUGAUGACACCUGACAUGUGAGUGUUACUUCAGAGACAGAUGGGUAUGUUUGGGCAAUAGAUGGCUCGUAAUCCCUGUGACUGCAACUUCUCUAUAUAUGUCGACUAAGUUUUGUAAGUUCUGACUUUGCGUAAGGGCUUCUUGAUCCUACAGUUUUUACCUUCUUGUCUAUAUUUCUGAAACCUAAACUUAGUGUUGUCAGACUGUGUGUCUUCUCGAAUGUGAGUUGCACCCAUUCACCGCCAAUUUAAAUCUUGUCACUUUGGUUUUCUCUCUCUUGAAUUGGCAAAGCUAUGUACUGUGUGUAGUACUGGGCUUAGGGUUGUAGUCUUGUGUUGUUCUGUGUUGGUUCUCACAAGUUUGCUUUGGCACAACCGCAGUCCGUUGUCUGUAAUUUUUACGCUGGUUUAUUUGCACAUCACGUGUGGAUGUCCUUCAGUUUUUUGUUGGAAAGGACAGCAGAAAGAGGAACAGUUCAUAAGUUCUUGUGCUUCCCUUACCCUUUUUUUUGUUGUUAAUUGAAUUGAAGAGGUACACAUUUUUGUAAAAAGAGUCUAAAAGAAAAAGAAGGUAUACGAAAAUUAGGUUGAUAUAGUGCAUACAGGGAUUUUUUUCCUGCUCAUAAAGUUUGCUGUGGUGAUUCUGAUGCAGAGGUUGGCAAAACUGGUGACUGGCGCUGAAUGCACAACAGACGUAACAACCUGUGGAUCAAGGCCUGUGGAAUAUUUUGUGUUUCUUCUGCCCUUGGAAUUUCUCUUGGGGUGCUUGCGCUGGACGUCACUACAGACUGCAGUCUAAUCGUCAGUCGGAGAUAGUGGUGGGCCAAGCAUCAGGGUCAGCGAGAUUAGCUGUGCGAGAUUCUCCCAUGGACAACGUUUGGCACAGUCUGUGUCUGCUGUCUUCUGAGAGAGGAAUCACCCACUUCAGCUUCUUCACGAGCUCAACGAACAAUCUGGAUUGUGUUUGCUUCAAUUCUGUCUUCCCAAUUACAGAAAUGCAGCCGUUGUUUCACAUGAUUUUGUCGAAACUGAAUUUGGGUUGCAGGUAAAACUGAUGUACUUUUACACUUUUGUUUUGAGCUGCUAGUUGUUUUUGGUUGCAACAAAAAGUUAUAAAGGCAGGCAAAGCGUUUUUGUGGCUUUUGAUUCAGGUCAGCAUCGGCUCAUUAUUAUUUUGUUGAUGAAGGCAAGUAAUAGACCAAGACUUUGUCUGUCAUAAUGAAGAAUUCAAGAAGCUAAAAUGGGUGGCUUGUUUUCAGAAAAGUGACAGAUCUGAGAUUGUUGCAUCAAUAAAUGCGACACUUUCCUCUAGCAAGACACCUGACUGAUCAUCACGUUGAAAAUGUGGGGACAGAAGAUGUUUGUACUCUUGUUUCAUAUCCUUCAUUUGAUACGUUGGUUUUUUUUCAUUCUGGAAAAAAAAAA